AUGGCAUCCAUUCAGCCUUCUCAAAAAUAUCGAUCGAUCCAGCCUUCACCAGCUUCUAACAAUGACAGAAACUUGACUAUCAAAAAAAAAUUGGAGAUCCUAGAAGAAUGGGAUAAGCAUGUUGCAUGUUGCAACAUGAGAAUAGGAGGAGGGUCCCUAUUCGAACCUGAGAAGAAAGUGUUCUGCGACUAUCAUAACAUAACGCCAGGGAUUCUCAAUAAUAUAUUGGCUAAAAGAGAAGUCCUUCAGAAUAUUCCUAUCAGCCAAUCCUCCAUACGAUAUCGCCUUCCAAGUAGCACCAGAUCAUUUUAUCCGGUAGAAGCGAUCCUUUUCCGCACCAUUGAGCAUGUCAGACGCGAUUUAUUUCUACCCAUCGACAGCUUUGGUGUACGAAUUAUGGCAGGCGCGAUAUAUGAGCUCCUUGAGACUCGCGUGGGCGAGCUUGCCUUCGAGAAACCUAAAUUCUCAAACGGUUGGCUGAAUGGUUUCCAGCGCCGGUAUGCCCUUCAUAGGUACAAUGCUACAGGAGAAGCGUCUUCAGUAGACAUGGACAGCAUCCGACCACAAUUGGAUUACAUUAAAAAUGUCCUUAAGCAGUUUAGUGAGUACUUGCCGAGGGGCUUCAAAACUAAUCCAUCAGUUCGCUCACAAUUUGAGGUUUUGCCCUGGCAGGGAUCGAACAAGCAGACUGUGGCAGAUCUCUGUGGAAACUGGCAAAGAGAAUUUAAUCGGCUUCAGGAGGACCUUCAGGAGAUGCUUCUAACGGCCUGGACUGGUAAAAGACCGGACUACAUGAGAACCGUCGUCUUUGAAAUUUGGCUGCUUCGAUUCCAGUUGAGAAUCGCAGCUCAAAACCCUAGCCGCCGAGUCGCUUUGUUGCUGGACCAUGCGCCAAGUCACACACCGAGUGUGGAUAUAUUCUGUAAUGAACAGGAGUUGGAGCUAAGAGGAUCAGAGGAUCAGGCUCGGGCUCGGGAUCCUGAUGUGGCAGAAGCCAUUAGGGGUAUACGACAGAGUUUUCGGACAAGACUUAUUGCCGAAGCCACAGAAAACUUUGACGCAGAAAGUGAUUCUUUGCAUGGCAGACAAGAUCCAGCUCAGCGGUCCUUCGAAAAUGACGACUCCGUACUGACGUUGUUCAAGUUCUUGGAUGAGUCUAGGACGAUUUGCAAGUACAUUGAUUCCCUACGGGAAGAAGACCAGUUCAAGGAAUUCUUUAUUUCUGAGGACGGUACUAAUAUGAUAGCUGGGCAAGAUCUUGAAGAAGAGAGCAUGGAUGGCGAUGAUUAUGGACCCAGCGCUUCUUUGAACAGUCAGAUCGUGGAUGAAUAUGGGCAUACACUGUCGCCAGUGAAGAGGUCUUUACAGACGCGAAGACGAAAGUACAGCUCAUACAGAGUUGAUCGUGUGGCAUCACCAGAAGGAAUGGAUGGAGAUGAUGACAGUGUUGCCGAAGAUAUUGUGGAGCUGAAUCCCAGCGUCGACAUUCAGGAUCCAUAUAUACUCAUGGAUGCUGCGGCGGUGUUAAGACAUCUUGGCCAUGACAAUGAGGGACGAAGGAUGGAGAUUAUUUACGACUCCACAAUUGAUGAGGACAUGGACUGUGUCAAUGAAACCUACAUCAAACAUCGUCGGCGGGUGUAUGAAGCUGAAGGAAAAAAGUUAUGGGAGUCAGCAUCUCAAAAAAUUGACGAUGACCAAAAGAUUAGAAAGAAAUUUCCAGAAAUUAGAAACAGCAUCUGUUUGCUGGGAAAAUCCCACACAAUCGCAAGCUUCAUCAUCAAUGGCUUCAAUCCCAGCCCCGCCCUUGUCCUCGUCCUCAUGCUCAUCUUCUUCGGCACUGCCACUAAAUAUGAGGCAGCGUGUUUUGGCCCCAUCCCUACCCUCGUCCUCAAUCCCUUCGUCCUUGUUCUCAUCUUCUUCAACACAGCCACCAAUUGUGAAGCAACGUAUUUUGGCCCCAUCCCUACCCUCGUCCCCCUCCUUGCUCUCUUUCUCAGUUCCCUCACCCUCGUUCCUAUCCCCUUCGGCUCAGCCGCCAAAUGUGAGGCAUCGUGCGUUGGCCCCAGCCCUACCUUCGUCAUCACAAGUCUUGCAAAGCCCUGAGCAAUUUUUGUCGCCCAAGUCUGCAUUAUCACAAAUGCUACCUUGGUCAGAACUGCCUUUGCCACAUGGUGGUAAAUUCCCCUUUGGUACCAUUCCAACGCGACGCCCUGCAGACCCAUGGCAC